AUGCCGAACCAGAAGAAUCCCUCGGAUCUUAGGAGAAAGAUCAACAUCUUCUCAGACUUCGAUGGCACAAUCUUCAUGCAAGACACUGGCCACGUCCUAGUCUCCAACCUGUCACGGCGCUCUACUAGGAUGAUGGAACGUCCAACUCAUGGGUUCUACCUAGGUAGCUAUCGACGAGAAUAA